AUGGAUCAACAAGGCCAGUCUGGGCCGCCAGGCCCCGGAGGGCGCAAGCUCCAUAUUGCUCAUCGGAGAAGUCCCUCUGAGCUAACCCCUUUGAUGAUGGAACAAUUGGCCAUCCAACAACAGAUUGAGCUGCUCCAGCAGCAACAGCAGCAAAUUGCUGCCACACAUCAACAGUACGUUAACAUGGGCCUUCUUCAGCCUCAGCAGCUGGGUCAGGUCAACGCAUUCUCUCCCGGCGGCAACAUGGGUGGUGUUUCUCCUCAGGUCAACAAUGCCUUCCAAUUCCCUCAGCAGCAACCGCAGCAGCUCGGGGCUUCGAUGCACGCUCCACCCAACCACUCACACCGCCGCAACCAAUCUGCUCUGCCUGGUCUCCCAAUGGGCCCUCCUCCUGCUCCGUCGUCGGGAGCAUCCGGUUAUGCCGAUCAGCACCAGCAAGGUCCCAACCAUAGGAACGAGAAUAAUAACCAUGGCCGUGGCCGUGGAGGCCCACCUGGUGGUGGACACCAGCGUCGCCACUCUCUAGCUCUCCCAGAAGCUAAGAAGGCCGCCGAACUCGCCCAGCAGAAAAGAACAGCCUCGGGUUUCCAAUUCCCGGCUCCUGCGCCUGGUGCCAGUGGCUCGGAGAGCCAGUCUGAUGACAAGCCAGCAUCCAGCACUUCUCCUGCGCCGCAAGGCCUCGGCAUGCAGCGCGCUGGCAACAUUCGGGCCGGUGGUCACGGCCGAAGCCAGUCCAUGGCUAUUGGUGGUAACCGUGGCUCCAUAUCUGGUCGCGGUGCAGGUGGAUUCCAAUUCCCCGCUGCUCCUGCGGAAGGAGGGCCAAAUGACAACCAACGCCGAGGCAGCCAGCCUGGUGGUCACGCUCGUACGGGUUCCCGAAACUUUGAUGGCAAUUGGCGCCAACCCAGCAACCAGAACCAGGGACAGGAUCAGCAGAAGAACUUCGGUCAGCAGCAGCAGCAGCAGCAAGGUGGUUUCCAGCCUGGACACCGCUCGCGGCAGUCUAUGAACCAGUCGAUGGGCUCCAUCGGCCAGUUCCAGUACCCUGGUCAGCUGAUCCAGCUUCCUCAAGGACAAGUCAUGAUGGCCCCCCCCUCAAAUCUCCAGGCCCUUCAGCAACAGAAUGGGCAGGGUAUGGGCGGUCUCGGUGUUAGCCAGCACGCUCCGCCCCAGCUGUCUGUUCAGCAGCAGCAGCAACAACAACAGCAACAGCGCAAGACCCUUUUCACUCCGUAUUUGCCCCAGGCCAACCUUCCUGCGCUUAUCAGCAACGGUCAAUUAGUUGCCGGUGUCCUUCGUGUGAACAAGAAGAACCGCUCCGAUGCCUAUGUGACCACCCCUGAUCUUGAUGCCGACAUUUUCAUUUGUGGUAGCAAGGACCGUAACCGUGCCCUUGAGGGUGAUUACGUUGCGAUCGAGCUGCUCGAUGUGGAUGAGGUGUGGUCCCAGAAGAAGGAAAAGGAGGAAAAAAAGAAGCGCAAGGAUAUCACCGAUGCGCGCUCGGGCAGCAAUGCUGGCAAUGACAAGCUGGGUCGCUCCGAUUCCACUGGCGAUAGGCAAGAAAUUGGCCCGGAUGGAAGCAUCCGCCGCCGUGGCAGUCUUCGUCAGCGCCCUACGCAGAAGAAGAAUGAUGAUGUCGAGGUUGAGGGCCAGAGUCUUCUGCUUGUUGAGGAGGAUGAGAUCAGCGAUGAGCAGAAGCCCUUGUACGCUGGACACGUCGUUGCGGUCGUUGAACGCAUUGCGGGCCAGAUGUUCUCCGGUACUCUCGGUCUCCUUCGUCCUAGCAGUCAGGCUACCAAGGAAAAGCAGGAGGCCGAGCGGCAGGCCAGAGAUGGCGCCCACGGUCGUAACCAAGAUCGUCACCAGGAAAAGCCUAAAAUUGUUUGGUUCAAGCCCACCGAUAAGCGUGUGCCUUUAAUUGCCAUUCCUACUGAGCAGGCGCCGCGUGACUUCGUGGAGAAGCACCAGGAUUACGCCAACCGCAUCUUCGUCGCCUCCAUCAAGCGUUGGCCCAUCACCUCUCUGCACCCCUUUGGUACUCUCGUUGAGCAGCUUGGAGAGAUGGGUGACCUCCGUAGCAUCGGCUGGGAAGAUUGGUCUGUUGCCAAUGACGCUGAGGCUCUCGCCACUCGCCGUGACUUCCGUGGUGAGACCACGUUCACCAUCGACCCGCAAGACACCAAGGCCCUCGAGGAUGCUUUCCACGUCAAGAGGCUUGAUGAUGGGAAGGUUGAGAUCGGUGUUCACGUUGCUGACAUUGCCCACUUUGUCAAGGGUAACUCUCUUGUUGACCGUGAGGCCAAGAAGCGCGGUACUGCUGUCUAUCUGGUUGACCGUCUUAUGAAUAUGCUUCCCCCUCGUGUGUCCAAUGAGCUCUGCUCCCUUCUCCCUGGUGAGGACCGUCUGACUGUCAGUGUUGUCUUCAAGGCUAGCUUUGAGACUGGCGCAAUUGAUGAGGAUGUCUGGAUUGGCAAGGGUGUCAUUAAGAGCGCAGGCCGACUCAGCUACGAGGAGGUCAACUCAGUCAUUACUGGCAAGUCGACUUCUACCGGUGCCGGUAUCACCAACGACAACAUUCAGUUGUUGAGCACUGUUGCCAACAAGUUCCAAGAUGCCCGUUUCGGCAACCGUGCUACUAACGUCCCUAGCCUGCGUCUGCUUCAGCAGCUCGACGAUGAGAAUGUGCCCGUUGAGUACAACAUCUUCGAUUCUACUCCUGCCCAUGAGCUGGUUGAGGAGCUGAGCCGCCAGGCCAACUUCUUCGUUGCUCGCAAGCUAUCAAGUGCCAUGCCCGAGAAGGCAUUCCUUCGCCGCCAGGACCCUCCCAGCGACCGCCGUCUUACGCUGUUCAUCGAGAGAAUGAACCGUCUUGGCUUUGGUCUUGACGCCUCAAGCAGUGGGACUUUGCAGAGUACUCUUUGCAAGGUUGAAGAUGUCGAUCUUCGCAAGGGUAUGGAAGUCUUGCUUGCGAAGGCCAUGCAGCGGGCCAAGUACUUUGUUGGAACUGGCUCCCCCGAUGAGCAGCGCCAGCAUUACACCUUCAAUGUGCCAGUUUAUACUCACUUUACCAAUCCAUCCCGCCGUUAUGCUGAUAUCGUUGUGCACCGUCAGCUCGAGGCAGUCCUCUCGGAAGGCGCUAUUGAGUUUACCGAGGACAUGGAGUCUUUGAACAAGACUGCCGACCUCUGCAACAACAAAAAAGACUCUGCUCUCAACGCACAGGAGCAAAGUGUCCACAUAGAGGCCUGCCGCAACAUGGACCGCAAGGUUCGUGAGAUCGGUGGCGAUCUCAUCAGCGAGGGUAUCGUGCUUUGCGUGUACGAAUCUGCCUUCGACGUUCUUAUUCCCGAAUACGGUUUCGAAAAGCGUGUUCACUGUGACCAGCUUCCUUUGAAGAAGGCUGAGUACCGCAAAGACUCUCGUGUGCUUGAGCUGUACUGGGAGAAGGGCGUUCCCUCCUCUGCUUACAUCCCGGAGGAUGAGCGUCCCAAGCCCGGCAACUCCCGCGCUGCUCAGGCCGCUGCCGCUGCCCGCGAAGCUGAGGCUGCUAAGCAGCGUGCUCGUGAACAUGACGAAGCUAUGCGCAAGCAGACUGAGACUGGAACGAUGUCUGCCGACGCUGUUGAUGCCCUUUUCGACGAUGACGAGGAUGUGGAUGAGGUGACUGAGGCAGCUGCCGGUGUCUCUUUGAACUCGGCUGACCGCUCGACCCAGAGCAUGCCGCCAUCACCGACCCGCAAUGGUCACCUUCAACAGGGUCCUCACCGCACUCGCUCCGACCCCAAGAUUGCCUCAAGCACCAGCGAUGCGCCCGAAAACAAAAUGACCAACAAGGAGAAGUACCUGAAGCUCUUCAAGCUGCGUGAGGAGAAUGGCGAGUUCAUCCAGGAUGUCACUGAGAUGACUCGUCUCCCUAUCAUCCUAAAGACCGACCUGAGCAAGAGCCCGCCGUGA